AUGACUACGCUUAUGGUUCUCGACAACUAUCGGCGCGAGUUUCAGGCCCUCAUCGAGUGGUUGCACCUCAACAUCGACUACGAGAGCAAACCGGCGCCCGAGAGGCCCACGUCUGUGGCCUGGGAGGUACGCAAGUUAGCAUCAGUUUGUGCUGAUUUGCCACCAAAUGGUGACCAGAGUUCGCCCCAAAAGCUAUCUAAUGAACCGCCGAUUGAUAGUCACGCGAAGAGUGCCAAUGAGUCGAUGGUUAGCGACAGCGGCAGUGAGAAGGAGAACAGUUCCCCCAAACCGGUGCUCAAAGAGACUGACAAAGACAUGGACUCUAUCGGUAGCGACGGAUCUGUUACGUCGGACAGCGCUGAAGAGCGCCCACCCGUUGCAGCCAAAGAGCGUACCGUUAGUAUCGACGGUGGAGUGAGAGCGCCGACAGACAGGUCUAUGAUCGCAGCAAAAGCCACCAUCAAGUCCUCGGUGUCCACACCGACACUCAAUACGAUGACCACUAGCUGCCCGUCAAAGCUGUUAAAUCCGUUGGCGCAGACAUUCAAAUCGCGAUUACAUCCAAUGGCGCCGUCGAGUACUACCAUAUCAUCGCAUCCGCAGCCAAAACGGCAGUUGAAAACUGUGUCAUCGGCCACACCAUCACCGGCGGUGGCGGCCAUUACUACCAUCACUACUACUACAUCACCGGCAAAUCAGACAAAACCCGGACAGACUCUCAGCGGUGCCGCUACUGUUCCCACAGUUGCUGUCAAAAGCACUGAUUAGGCGGAAGAGAUGAAGGCGUGGAAAGAGGAACGCCAG